AUGGCAGUUCAGGAAGACGAAGCCAUUGCGGACAAGUUCGAUUUUCUCUGCAUUGGUCAUCUGCAAUUGAAUGAAAAUUUCAGGUCAUUUCAGUUACCGGAAAUAACGUUUCCUCCGGUUCGACGUCAAAGAGCAAGGAGAGAUCGUCUGUCUCGACAUAAUUCCGUUAGCCAGGAUGAAAACUAUCACCACCUCUCCUAUGGACAGCAGCAAGCAAUAGAAGAGCCCCGAGCCUUUCACCCUCCGAAUGUAUCGCCUCGUAUGUUGCACCCAGCCGCUCACCCGCCACAGCAGAAUGCAGUGAUGGUUGACAUUCAUGAUCAGAUCCAUCAGGGCACAGUCCCUGUUUCAUACACAGUGACAACAGUGGCGCCGCAUGGGAUCCCACUUUGCACAGGCCAGCACAUCCCAGCCUGCAGCACGCAGCAGGUUCCAGGGUGCUCAGUGGUUUUCAGCGGACAGCACCUUCCGGUUUGCAGUGUGCCUCCCCCAAUGCUUCAGGCAUGUUCAGUCCAGCACCUACCAGUACCGUACGCAGCAUUCCCACCCCUCAUUUCUAGCGAUCCGUUCCUUUUGCAUCCUCCUCAUCUCUCUCCACACCACCCUCCUCACUUGCCACCUCCAGGACAAUUUGUUCCUUUCCAAGCACAGCAGUCACGGUCGCCACUUCAAAGAAUAGAAAAUGAAGUAGAACUGCUUGGAGAACAUCUUCCUGUAGGAGGUUUUACAUACCCUCCCUCAGCCCAUCCACCAACAUUGCCUCCCUCAGCUCCUCUCCAAUUCUUAACCCACGAUCCUUUACACCAGGAGGUGUCAUUUGGUGUACCUUACCCACCUUUUAUGCCUCGAAGACUCACAGGGCGCAGUAGAUACCGAUCACAGCAGCCAAUAGCACCGCACCCUUACCAUCCCAGCCUAUUACCAUAUGUGCUAUCAAUGCUCCCAGUGCCACCUGCAGUUGGACCACCUUUCAGCUUUGAAUUGGAUGUGGAAGACGGAGAAGUGGAAAACUAUGAGGCGCUGCUGAAUUUGGCAGAACGUCUAGGAGAAGCCAAACCACGAGGACUGACAAAGGCAGACAUUGAGCAGCUUCCAUCCUACAGGUUCAACCCAAAUAACCACCAGUCAGAACAGACAUUGCAAAUCGUACCUGCCCAAUUUGUAGAGCUGAUGCUUCGGAAGUGCAUCGUGAUUCAGAAUGACCAGUCUAAGAGCACAAAUCUGGUUUGGGUGUUCCUGGUCACGUGUAUAUUUGAACUAUCCAUCGAACUUACCCAUGUGGCUUCCAGCCUUCCCUUUACACAAAAGGGUCAAUGGACCUUACUUUGCACUGUGUGACUUAAUCAAUUAUAAAGCUUAUAAUUAGUCUUCACAAUUAUUGGAUUGUUAUACUAACAGUGUGAUUGGAACUCCAAAGAUUUUUUUUCUUUAGCUUAAUUUUGUGUGUGCACUAACAUUCCCUGGUUUUUGUGUGAUCAUUCCGAGUGUUGCUGCGAGAUUACAGUGGACGUGAUCUUUUAGCAUGUGCUUUUGUAUAAAAGAAAAAGGAAAAAAAAAAAGUGGUAGCUCCAAACAAUAUAGCAAUCUACCUUAUAUAGAGCCUUCAAAUACUGUGAGUGGGAACGAAUGGUGUGAAUGUGUGAGAGGAUGCAGGAAGUGUGCUUGUGAUUGGGUGAGCGUGUGUGUUUGAGAACCUAUAUACCAGCAUGUACUGAGAACGUAUGUGUGUAGUAUUAAUUAUGCUGCAAUGUAUAAUCUUGUGUGUUAUUUAAACAGUACUAGUACUGUACACUGGUUUCUUUCCUUGUGUUUGCAGUUGCACACAGAAUGCGAUGGGUGCAGCAAUUACAGACAUUUAAUAUUUCCUCCGCAAUGUACUUACUGGUAUAAAGACCUUUUUACCUACUAUUCAAACAGCUGUUUUUCUUCCCCUUCGUUGGAGGCUUUUAAGUGUACCACUAAAGAGUGCAUUGAUUGCUCGUAUGUGAGUAUUCUUGGGGAUUUUUUUAGCAUAUGUUACAAAAUCCAGAUUUUAAAAUGGCAGAUUUACGAGUUAUUUUAUCAAUGUAAAGUUGCAAUAUCGCACAAAUCAGUUAGCAAUAUUAUCAAUUUGAGUUGGUAAUUGGAAUACCAAUGCUUUUCUGUUCUCCUUUUCGAUUUUUCUAGCUGGGUUUUACUUGCAUUCAGUCGAUUUCGGAUUAGACUUGAGUUUUGAAGAUGCUGCAGUUACGUGCUCCUUUCCUGAAAAGAAACAGAAAGGACACUGAGGGUCUUGUGCAACAGCUCUUCACUUUUGGCCAUUGUACUUGCUAAGUACAUAAUCCAGUAGCUUAUGAACAUUGACUUUAAUCACUUACAUUCUUUGUCAUUUGCAAGGGAGUUUGUAUACUGUUAAAAUAACUUGUAAGAGGUUACAAUUUUAUUCCUGCAACUUCAUGAAUAAAAUAAAAUUUUUAGCAUUUUCUCAGAGAAGUAGAACUUCUGAUUUGUCGUUCUUGUUGUUGCUGUACCACAAAAUGGGGUGGUGCUUAGUCAUUCACUGCAGGUUUCAGUUGUCCUGAGGUGCUGCUGCUUGCCCUCCUUAUAAUCGUGAUGAGUAUCAUAUGAAAAAGAAACUUUCUUGAUUUUUGCAAUCAGGUUUCCAGAGUAUUCCACUACAGGAGAAAAGAAAAUUGGAACAUCUUCCAGAACAAAAAAUACUGUGAAAUGGGAGGUGGUAACCUGCGUUCGAUUGUCCUCUGAAUAAUGAUUUGUUGAAAAAGUAAGCUUCGAUUAUAAGGUUUCCGACUGUUAACACCGUCAAGAUAUUUCAGUAAAAUCCUUAGGUCUCCGUAUGCCGUAGUUAUUCAAUGGAUGCACCGUUUUUGCGUCAAAAUGCUUUCUCCUAAAUUCAGUGUCAUUACUUUCGUUGCAAUAGUACAAGAGGCAGCAAUAUUGCUAUAUUGCUGUAACUUGCUGCCAGUCUCAGCUUUAAGGUUAUUCUUUAUCAUUUCUGAUGCUUCUGUAUGUUGCUAUGCUUUAGUAUCAGUUAUAUUUUCAUUUUCCAUGCUGCUUGCCCUGCUUUGAAGGUUCUACAGACCCAUCACCGCUUGUGGUUCAAGUAAAAUAAAAGCACAAUUUUGCCCAUAUUUCAGAUGCACUUGCCUCUGUUUAGUUAUGCAAGUAGUUCUCAAAAACAAUCUGUCCAAACCUGUCAGUACUGAAGAACACUAAAUAAAUGAUAAUACGCCAUUACAUCAACUUCAAAAUACUGGAAUUUUUCUCUCUCCCAGGGGACUUAAAGAACGGAUUUCACAAUAACACAAAACAGGUUGAAUUACAUAUAGUAAAAUUUAUUUUUUUAACAAAUGAAAUCGUGUUGUUUAAUAAAGCAUAUGCCACAUAUGUCUUACGAUAGUUAGGGUCUUUUAUACAGCUGCAAAACAAAUUUCUACCUGUACAGAUUUAACUGUAACAAACACUACUAUUCUCAGUAUUCGAUUUGAAACUUGGGAAGAAGGUACUUUGUCUUGGCUAGGUAUAAAUACAUAAUGAACAAGGCACGUUCUUCUAGAGCCAAGGGAAAGUAGUCCUCUUUCUGGAACUGUAGAAAUCUUGGUGUAUAAUGUCCCUUUUUCCCAAUAAAACUCCAUGAGGCAGUGGGAGACUCAGGAGACGGAGGGUCUGAUUUAGUAAAAUACUGAAUCCGGCCGUUGCACUCUUGUGGCUGAUCUCUUCAGGAGCGUUUCUUCCGUUUGCAUGAAACUCUGGCAGGCGCGUGCCGACUUGCUUGCUGCGGUCAGCGUGCGUGAGCAGCGCGCCGUGCAUUCCCUCCCAGUCGGCUCUGCCCGGCUGCAGCCCAGCCCUCUCUUGCCGCCGCCGAGGGGGCGGGCAGGGGCUUUGUACGCGGCCGUCAGCUGCCCCGCGCGGUGCACGUUCGUGGGUAGCUCCAGGACCCAGCAGGACUUUCUGCUCGUUGCUUUCGUGUCGCCACCUGUCCCCCUCCUCUCCAAAAACAACUCGCAACCUGUUGGCUUUACCAUAUUGGCGCUGCUGUGUUUCUCGCAUAAACUGUCAAAUUAAUUUGGCAUUUUGUAGUGGAUAUCAAGGCCUACAGAUAAUUUCAAGGUCUGAUACUGCAGUCUUCUUUACAAAAGAGUUAAAGCCUUUCAUUGUAUGCCAUUUUGUGCAGGCCCUUGAAUGUGAUUUUACAGCUGUCGACACAUUACGUAAUACUUGGGUUGGGAUUUACCUUUUUUAGUUUUACUGACGGAAAAUGCAUUUUUGACUGAGUUAUCUUUAGGCCUUUAUAAGAGCUGUGUUUUUUUCUUUGGUACAUUCAGUUACCUCAUUUUGCUACUUAUGUUUCAGAUUUGCUAAUGAUUAUGAAAGCUUAUGGAUUUUGUUGGAAUCGUAUUUUGUCAAGUGUUUUCUUUAAAUCAUACUCUAUUGUAUCAUUUAACAUGUAGUUUUAAAUGUAUUAUAAAUAUCUGUAACCAAAUCAUUUGAAGGCUUGAUAAAUUUUUAACAAAAUUUGUACAUUUUUUAUGAGAGUUACUAGUAAUGCUUUACUAAGUAGUGCAAUGGAUUUUUAUUUUUAAUCCGUGUGCCCGAUUUUGGAGUUGAGAGAGUUGUUCAGUAAUAAAUGUAUGAUGUACACUUA